AUGCUCACAGCUUUCUUGUGUGUGCUCGCCGUAGCACUGCGCGUCGUCAUAGCUAUUCCGCCCAGUGCUCUGCAAGUAGAUACGCUCGAUAUACCACUGCAAUAUGACUUUGGCUGGCCGGCUCGACGACGGACUUGCGAAGGAUCGGGAUCGGUUUGGAUUCACGACAUUCCCACGAUCGCAGUCAUCAGCGCGGAAUUGCUCGUCAGACCCGGUUUUGUCAACCUGACUAUUGACCGAUGGAACGUCCUGAUUACUGGCCGAUCAAGCCCGCUGGUCAAUACACAAGUGCUUCGGCAAACAUUCAAGCCGUACAGCGUCAAUUACACGCUCGAAACAACGCUCGCGGUCAAUGUCAUGCCUCAACUGAUCGACCUGAAGCAGAUGGACUGCUGUCACGCCGAGGGAUCGAUCGUCUGGUCAAUACUGAAGACGGCAGACAAUGUUACGCCCUUCCAUCGGCACAGUGUGCGUUACCUUGUCUACUGCGGACCGUACCAUACGAACUGUGCGAGCGUCUACACGCAGCCGGGUGAGCGCUUCCAGCAUCGGAGUAUUGACCGAUUCUGA